GCCUCAGCCUCCCAAAGUGCUGGGAUUACAGGCGUGAGCCACCGCGCCCAGCCUGUGAGUUGGUUUUCUGAGUCACAAAAUCAUACCAGAGUUUUCAGAGUCCGGUAUACACUGCAGAGCACAUACCAAGAACACUCCACCAGCACCCUCCAAUCAAGGGAAAGGCUUCCCUUAUCCUUCUGGAAAUAUUCUUGGAUUCUCCCUCAGAACCCCCAGGCAGCUCUCCAAGGCUCUAUAUACCCCAUACUAUUUGUUUAUGUACUUGUUUACUCCUUUUGCAACUCAAGCCAGUCCUGCUGCCUUUUCAUGCCCAAGCAGCAUCUGUCCCUCCCCAGGCACUGGGUGGGGCUCUUAGACCAGCUAAAGGUGCCGAGCAUCUGUGGGUGUUGCAGCACACCAGCCCAGCCUUGCCUAGCUCUCUGAAAGAAAGCCUGCAACAGAAGGGAGAGAAGUGGCCCCAAGUGCAGCUGAAAGCACUCCUGGGGAAUCAGCCAAGACCCUCCAUCCAAGCAGGGCCGGAUCCUUGCACUUGGCCAUGAUAAGGAGAGGCUUCCAGGUGGCAGCAAGACUUGGCCACCACAGAGGCCUUCUUGGGCCCCCCCGUAUCCUGCCCAGACUCAACCCUGCCUCAGCAUUUGGAUCCUCCACAGACUCCAUGUUCUCAAGAUUCUUGCCAGAGAAGACAGACUUGAAGGAUUAUGCUCUUCCCAAUGCCAGCUGGUGUUCGGACAUGCUGAGCCUGUACCAAGAAUUUCUGGAGAAGACCAAGUCUAGCGGCUGGAUCAAGCUGCCCUCCUUCAAGUCCAACAGAGACCACAUCCAGGGACUCAAGCUCCCAUCUGGACUGGCAGUUUCCUCAGACAAAGGUGACUGUCGCAUCUUCACCAGGUGCAUGCAAGUGGAAGGACAAGGCUUUGAGUAUGUCAUCUUUUUCCAGCCAUCCCAGAAGAAGUCGGUCUGUCUUUUCCAACCAGGUCCCUACCUGGAGGGGCCCCCAGGGUUUGCUCACGGCGGGUCCCUGGCAGCCAUGAUGGAUGAGACCUUUUCUAAAACUGCCUUCCUGGCUGGAGAGGGGCUGUUCACACUAAGCCUCAACAUCAGGUUCAAAAACUUGAUCCCCGUGGGUUCUCUGGUCGUAAUGGACGUAGAAGUGGACAAGAUUGAGGACCAGAAGCUUUACAUGUCCUGCAUCGCCCACAGCAGAGACCAGCAGACAGUUUAUGCCAAGUCCUCAGGUACAGGGGCCCCCAGCCCAGCCCCAGGCCCCAUCCUGCCACCACCAACCCCCAGAACAAACAGGAGGAAGAAAAGAUGCCAAGGAUUCAUCCCAAGCUGCGGUCCAGCUUCUUUAGGGGUGGGAUAGGGCACCUACUGGGGACACAGAUGAAGUGAGGGAGAGCAGAACUAGGAUUUUUUUUCUACGUAUGAGUUAUCCAACCUGUAACGAAAGGACAGGACCCAGGUAAUGGGUAAUUUGCAGCCAAAUGCUCAGAGUGUCCAUCAAGCUCCUGCCAUCUCAGUGCAGCUCUUGCAGCUCAGCUCACCCUUCUCUUGCAGGUGUUUUCCUUCAGCUGCAGUUGGAAGAAGAGUCUCCCCAGUAACAGCCACUGUGCCUGCAGGAGAGCCUCCCACUACCUCCCCUGCCUGCCUGGGACCCACCAAAGAGCAGGGAGGGGUCCUCAAGCAGCAAUUGGUGAGGCGAGGGAAAGGACUCUUUUCUCUGAGUAAAUAAAGUCUCACAGUCCCAUUCUCGGCCCAGGGCCUUUCUGUGGUUGGAAAUCAAAAUCCUUCCAGGGCAUCCCACAUACCCACCUUCCCAUUCAGCACCGACUGAAAAGAUUUACUGAGUACCCGCCAGGUGUCAGGCACUGUGUGAGGCACCAGGCACCCAGAAGUGAAAGACAGGGCCCCGGUCUCAAGAUGCACAAUGCGGGAGCCAGGUGCCAAGUCAGAGUGCCCUAUCACACUCUUCCCACACCCACCCUGGCUUCUAUCAUAAGUGCAGUGUCAUCUCAGCAGGAGGAAGGGCUAAUUUUACUCUACAAAAGCAAUCAGAAAACAUCUUCUAGAAGAAGCUCUUCCUGAACUGUCUCAAAAGUUAAGUGGUGUUCAUUAGGCAGGCAGGGGAGAGGAGGAUAUCCCAGGCAGAGGGGAAGUAAGACAAAGGUGCAGAGGUGUGAAAGUGUACAGGGACUUUGGAGAAGAGCAAGGUGUUGAGGAGGACAGGCAUUUAGGGAAAGAGAAGGUGGGCAGGAGCAAACCACAGGAAGGCUUCGUAAUUCCUGCUGCAGAGCUGGAACUCUGUCUUGCAGGCAACAGGGAGCCUCUAAAGGGCUUGGGCUGGGGAGUGACAGCUUUGUUAUUUAGAAAGAUGACUCACUGGCAGUAAGGCAUCGGCAAGACUGAAGGCAGGAGCACUAGUUAGGAGAUCCCUGCAGGCUUUACACUAGAGACAGUAAGGGCCUGCAGGGGUCAGAGCUGGGAAGCUGAGAGAUAUGAGAAAAUGUUACAAAUACAGGAAGUGCAGGACUUUGCCACUAGUUAUACAAUGCGGAUCUGUGAAGACGAGCUGUCUAGGAUGACUCCAAGUUUCUGGCUUAUGAGUUUCCAGGUGGUUAUCACUGGAAAUACAGAAAAAGGUGGGGGUAAACAAUGAGCUCAGUUUUACAUGCAUCGAGCUUGAAGUGCCCAUGGAACUUGUACCAUGUGGCAAGUGCCAGCAGGAACAUGGAUAUUGUGAUAUGGAGCUUGGAGAGAUAAGCUACUGACUCAAAUUGUGAGCCAAUAUAAAAUGUGACAUGAGGCCGGACGCAGUGGCUCAUGCCUGUAAUCCCAGCACUUUGGGAGGCCGAUGCGGGCAGAUCACCUGAGUGAUUCCAGAGUCAAGAGGCUGGUCGGGAGUUCGAGACCAGCCUGACCAACAUGGAGAAACCCUAUCCCUACUAAAAACACAAAA